AUGUCAGAAAAAUCAUCAUCAGAUACAAACAAUAGUGCAAGUGUACCACACAAAGAUAUAGGAUCCUUGACACAUUUCCAAUGCCCUAUUUUGAAAUCUACGAAUUACACCAUUUGGGCUAUCCGUAUUAAAACCAUAGUUGAAGCAAAUGGGCUAUGGGAAACGAUAGAUACAAGUGAUGACACACAACUUGAUGUCAAGAAAGACAAAGCUGCAGUUGCAUAUUUGUUUCAAGCACUGUUAGAGGAUAUAGUAUUACAAGUUGCAAGUUAUAAGAGCGUAAAAGAAAUUUGGGAAGCUUUGAAGGUUAGAUAUGUUGGUAUAGACCGGGUGCAGAAGGCACCUCUACACACUCUCAAAUCGGAAAUUGAGAUGCUACAAAUGAAUGGCGAAGAUACAAUCAAUUCCUUUAGUGCAAAAUUGACAAAUUUAGACACUAUAACUCUAGACGAAGCAAUUGGAAGAUUAAAAAACCUUCGAAGAAAGAAUCAAGUACACUCAGGAAACCAUGGACAAGGAAGAUUUAAUCAGUCACGAGGUCGAGGUCGUGGCAAGUUCAGACAAGAAGAAAGAGAAGAUGGAAUGUCACACGAUAAUAAUGAUGAUUAUGAUAGACGAAAGAGAUACCCAAGAAAUCAAGACAAAUUUGUGUUCGAUAUGAGUAAGGUAAAGUGCUAUAAUUGCAAUGAUUACAGACACUAUGCCUCAGAUUGUCCUAAACCAAACCAAAGAAAAGAAGAAGCAAAUAUCGUGCAAGAAGACGAAGAACCAACUCUCCUAAUAGCACAGGUUGAAGAAUUGGAUUAA